CAAGCGCCUUUUUAGUUUUCACCAAACAAUGCUGAAACACCCCGGUGCUAAAAGUACCAUGAGCAAUUGGACACACCAAGGGGUAAUCGUCCGAGGUGAGCCGAGUGCGAUGGCGCGAAAAUGAAAGUAGAACGGAAAGAAAAACAUGUAACUGUUCAUGAUGCCGUCUAGUUCUGUAUCAGACUCAGAGGAAAGAAAUGCUUCGAAAUUCAAAAGACGGAAAUCUGACUUAAUUUCAUCUGAUGAACCAUUGUAUGCAUUUAAGGAAAAUACAUCCAGGUGGCAACAAGCAGAUUUAGAGGCAUUGGGCAUAAUUUAUGAUCAAAAUGACAUUCCUCUUUAUAAAUUGAUUGACCGUGUAAAACAAGUGGCUUGGAGAGGACAUGUGUACAAAUCAACAUUGUCACCAGAACACUUAUCUGUUUUUGCAAAUUUAAUGAAAGAGUUUCUUACUUUGUGUCUACCAUUUGAGAAUGGUCCAAGACCAGUAACCUUUGUAGAAGCUGUAUCACUCAUAGCAGAAAUAGAAGAAACGAGAGAAAAGUUUUACAAUCACACGCUACAAGCCAAAGCAUUGUUGGAUUCACUAACAAAGGAAACAAAAAGAGAAUAUCUCUUAUGGCAAGCCAGGACAUAUGAUUUCCUCAAGUAUUUAGGAAUAUUUCAAGAAAGUAGAUCAUCUUGUCCAUUGAGGAAAAGCCAGUACACCAAUUUGUUCAUGAAAUUUACAGAAAUAUUUUCUCUUCAACCUGAGCUUGGUGGUAAUCGUGAAGCAAGCAUUGCCAUUGGCCAGCAAAAGACUGUGUCUUCUCCUGAUGUGCGAUUUGUUAGCUACCCCAGGUUUGCACCUGCAACAGUUCUAAUAGCACACUCAGAGGUCAGCUAUUUUUCCCACAAGAAGGAAAAGACAGAAUCAGCAGCAGAUUUUGAUAUUCAUGAGUUAUCCCCCAGUAUCUUAGGACAGCAUGGAGGGGAACUCCUGGCUGAGAGACACAGCUCCUUCUUCACACCUGGUGUCCUUGGAAUGAUUUGUUUAAAGUCAACGAUAAUCUUCACUUUUUUGGAAAUCAGUGAGGACCACUACAGAUGUGUAAAGAAGGGACUUGAUUGUAGGGAAAAGGUAGCAUCCAUAUGUUACACAAAACCUUAUGAUUACUGGGACCCAAAAGACAGAGACGAAAUUUACAGUACUCUGUUUUGGCUUGGCCAUCUGCAGUCAUCAGAAAAAUAGCAGGGUGAUAGAUUUGUCAAGUGCCUCUGCGAAGUCUUUCAAAAAAAUUUGCAGUAAGAAGACCAUUGGUUUAUAUAGACUAUUGUGAUGUAUGUGUAUAUAUGUGCAACAGAUAAAGGUAAUGCAGUGAAGUUUUCUACAGAAACAAUGGCCCAUAUUGGUGUAACUUCAUGCUACACUGUAGAACUUCAGCAGUUAAACCAUGGUGUAUAAAUAUUGUUCUGUUGUUGGCUAUUGUCAAUAUGAAUAUGAUUUGUUCAGAAACUGUGCAAUAUGUUGAGGGAGUAUUGGUGUGGUUUGUGUUACCGGUAUAUAAUACUUUUGUCUUAACGAGGACAGUUCUAAGGUGUUGAAUGCUUAUAUAAAACAUGUAUGUUGGAUGCACACUGUUCAUAUCAUCCUGUAUCAUAUAGUAAAUGUAAAAGCCUAGUUAGUGCCAGUCUGCUAGACAUGCUUUUUCACAGGAUUAUAUAAGGUUUCUGCUUGCAUUAUUAAGUUCCACUCAUUUAACUUUAUAUUCUGUCUAAAUACUGUUUUAUGUUAAUUUAAUUGUAGUAAUAAACAAUUGGAAAUGAUUUUU